CGGGGCGGGGCGGGCUCAGGCCGGAGGAGCGGCGGAACGGAGCGGGCACGGCGCGGCACGGCGGCUCCCCACAGCUCCCCAUAGCUCCCCAUAGCUCCCCAUAGCUCCCCGCAGUCAUGCUGGCGGCCGCGCGGGGGCUCAGCUCCCGGCUGCCCCGCCUGGCCCCAUCCCGGGGCUCACACUGGGACACGUCCGUGCUGGCCGGGAGGGCGGCGCUGCCCGCGAGAGCACAACCAAAGAAAAAGAAGAAAGUGGAUCCAAAGAGAGAGCAAGCGAUGAAGGAUCGUGUGAAAAAGAAGAUUAAAAAGCUGGAAAAAGCUGCUCCAGAACUGAUUCCCAUCGAGGAUUUUGAAACCCCGCUGAAGUUCUCAGACAGCAGCAGGGUGCGCAGCCUUCCCCCCCUGUCCUUUGAGGAGACCGAAAGAAGAGUUCUACUGAUGAAAAAGUGGUCUCUGUAUAAGCAGCAACAAGACAAGGCAGAGAAGGAAGCAAUUCGGAGCCUGGUAGAAGCUCAGCAGGAGGCGCUAAAGGAACUGAGGCUGGAGUCUGAGGAGCUGUACCAGGCAGCGCUCAGACGGGACGAGCAGCUCUUCCCCUUUGAGAGGGACGGACCCGAUUACACCCCACCCCUUCCUGGUUAUGAUCCUCCUGAAGGGAAGUGCGUCGAUAUCACCAAGGUGUAUACGCAGUGAUGGAGCUGGUUCUGGAAUAAGCUGCUCGGCCAACUGAAGAGGAAUGCAAUGAGAAGCGCUGGUUCCUUUGGCACAUUAAAACACAGUGGGUGUGUGACUGUAAAAACAAAUGAAUAGAAAAUGCACUAAG